GUGUCAGAGGCGGCGGCGCCGCCAUGGCGGGUGCGGGCGGCGUCUACCGGCUGCGCUGCUCCCUGGUGGGGCACGGGCAGGACGUGCGCGGCCUCACCGGCGGCCUCUUCCCGCCCGGCGCCUUCGUGUCCGUGUCGCGGGACCGCACGGCCCGCCUCUGGGCUCCCGACGGUCUUAACAGGGGUUUUACUGAAAUACACUGUAUGAGUGGCCACUCAAAUUUUGUAUCUUGUGUGUGCAUCAUACCUCCAAGUGACCUGUAUCCUCGUGGGCUGAUUGCAACCGGUGGCAAUGAUCAUAAUAUUUGCAUUUUCACAGUUGACAACCCAGCUCCUCUUUAUGUCCUGAAGGGCCAUAAAAACACAGUUUGCAGCCUUUCAUCUGGAAAAUUUGGCACAUUGCUAAGUGGAUCAUGGGAUACAACAGCCAAAGUGUGGUUGAAUGACAGAUGUAUGAUGACAUUACAGGGUCACACAGCUGCUAUAUGGGCAGUGAAAAUACUGCCCGAACAGGGGUUAAUGUUGACUGGUUCAGCUGACAAAACUAUUAAACUGUGGAAGGCAGGAAGAUGUGAAAGAACAUUCACUGGGCAUGAAGACUGUGUGAGAGGUUUAGCUAUUCUUAGUGAAACAGAGUUCCUUUCGUGUGCUAAUGAUGCUAGUGUCCGAAGAUGGCAAAUCUCUGGCGAGUGCCUGCAGGUGUAUUAUGGACAUACAAAUUACAUUUACAGCAUUUCUGUCUUCCCUCAGUGUARAGAUUUUGUAACUACUGGAGAGGAUAGAUCUCUUAGAAUUUGGAAACGAGGGGAAUGUGCUCAAACAAUCAGACUCCCUGCUCAGUCCGUGUGGUGCUGCUGUGUGCUGGAAAACGGUGACAUUGUAGUUGGUGCAAGUGAUGGAAUCAUAAGAGUGUUUACAGAGUCAUCAGAACGCACAGCAAGUGCAGAGGAGAUUCAGGCUUUUGAAAAUGAGCUUUCCCAGGCAUCAAUUGACCCUAAAACUGGUGAUUUAGGAGACAUUAAUGCUGAUGACCUUCCAGGAAGAGAACAUCUUAAGGAUCCUGGCACAAGAGAUGGACAGACACGUCUCAUUAAAGAUAAUGGGAAAGUCGAAGCCUAUCAGUGGAGUGUUAGUGAAGGAAGGUGGAUAAAAAUAGGUGAUGUUGUUGGUUCUUCUGGAGCCACACAGCAAACAUCUGGGAAAGUUUUAUUUGAGGGAAAGGAAUAUGACUAUGUUUUCACCAUUGAUGUAAAUGAAAGUGGGCCUUCCUACAAACUGCCAUAUAACAUCACUGAAGAUCCUUGGCUGACUGCAUACAACUUCCUGCAAAAGAAUGAUCUAAAUCCUAUGUUUCUGGACCAGGUGGCAAAGUUUAUUAUAGACAACACUAAAGGGCAAACACUUGGGAAUACAACCACUCAAUUUUCAGAUCCUUUUACAGGUGCUGGACGUUAUGUCCCAGGUUCUUCAUCUGGAUCAAAUACAAUAUCUUCAGCAGAUCCUUUUACAGGAAUGGAUGCCUACAAAUCACCUGCAGCUAAAACUGAAAAUAUUUAUUUUCCUAAGAAGGAGGCAGUCACCUUUGAUCAAGCCAAUCCUACACAGAUAAUGGGCAAACUGAAGGAGCUUAAUGGAGCUGCAUCUGAAGAACAAAAGCUUACAGAAGAUGACUUGCUAAUCCUUGAGAAGAUCCUGUUCACAGUAUGCAACACCUCUGCAGAAACACCUACAGCACAGCAACUUCAGACUUUAUGGAAAGCAGUUAACUGGCCAGAAGAUAUUGUCUUUCCAGCGCUAGACAUUCUUAGAUUGUCUAUCAGACACCCCGUUGUGAAUGAGAACUUCUGCAGUGAAAAGGAUCAUGUGCAAUUUAUCAUCCUCCUCCUUAAAUUUUUGAACCCCAAAGGAAAGCAGGCAAACCAGCUGCUGGCACUUAGAGCUCUUUGCAAUUGUUUUGUCAGCCAGGCAGGCCAGAAGCUCAUGAUGCAACAGAGAGAUGAAAUAAUGACACAAGCCAUAGAACUGAAAUCAGGUGGUAAUAAGAACAUUCAUAUUGCACUUGCUACGCUCACGUUGAACUAUGCCGUUUGUUUACAUAAAGUCAGCAACAUCGAGGGCAAAGCUCAAUGUUUAUCAGUAAUCAGCACAGUUAUGGAAGUUGUUCAAGAUCUUGAAGCUGUUUUUAGACUGCUUGUGGCYCUGGGGACACUGAUCAGUGGGGAUACAAAUGCUGUGCAAUUAGCCAAGUCCCUGGGAGUUGACUCUCAAAUAAAAAAGUAUGCCUCUGUAUCAGAACCGACUAAAGUAAGCGAAUGCUGUAGGUUCGUUCUUAAUCUGCUGUAAUUGUUAUUAUUAUUUGGGGGAGACAGUGUAUUCAAAAAAAAAUGAUGCUUUUGUGCAUUUCAUGUGACAGUGUAUAAUUGAGAAAAUACUGUGGAUGMGCUAAAACCUUGAUAUUGUCAGAUGUUACACAGCAAAUAAAACUUUUUACAAUUGUCAUGUGACUGCCUAUCUGAAGUCUGCAGUGUACAGGAUCUUUGCACGAAGUCUUUCUGGAAUAGUUUAGAAGAUCAAAAUAAUAAAUCACUAAGAAGCUGGAUUGUUAACCGGAAAGAAUAGGGUGCAAAACAAAAGUGUCAGCAGAAUGACUGUAUGAAUGACAGUUAAUUUUGGCAAAUAGUAGCUGUGAUUAAAUAUGCUGGUAAAGAAGUUGCAUUUACUUAAUUUUCCAUCAUUUUUUUCCUCUGACUUUCUUUGUUAACCUAACUUUUGUUGCUGUUGCCAUGUGCCGUUUGUACUGCAGCAGUUUUUAAUCUAGAACUUUGUGAAUUCCUGAAAGACAGACUCUUAUCUCAUGUAGCUCUAGUGCUCCAGUGGUAAGUUUUUAAAAUGGUUUAAACAUCCCCUACUAGAAAAUCCUUUACUUAAGGAACAGGAAUAGGGUAUUAGUUAACAGCAAAAGUCUUACUUKAAAAUAUGUUAUAAAAUACUGGAUUGUAUUUACAGAGUACAGCAAUUGGGAAAAAAAAAAAGUGGUCUUGGAGUUGAGUUUCAAGUGCACAGGAUGGAUCAAACAGCAGGAAGUGCAGAAAUACAAAAUCAAAUAGCUUUASCAGUGUCAGUACUGAUUUUUUGAAAGGGAAAUAUAUUACGGCUAGUCCAGCAGAUCUAAGAUAUUCAGUUCAUUUGAUUACACAUUUAGGAAGUCUUCUGUGGGCUAUUUGCCUUCCCCUUAAAUAGCCCUUUGCCUGAAGGAGCUUGURAAGUGUCCUGCAGAUGUUACUCUCUUGCUUGUCAUUAAAGCAAGUAGACACUUAGGUUGAAGA